AUGGAUUGGCAUUUGCCCAUACUAGAGGAGUAUAUGGAUCCUGCGGAUAUUCCGCUUAUACAGAGUUUGCCGGUUAGUAAGUCAUUUCGUUCGGAUAGAUUGAUUUGGCAUUAUACUAAGUCUGGUAAGUAUUCUGUGAGAUCUGGUUAUAGGCUAGCACGGGAAUUACAGAAGGAAGUCGAAUUUGGGCCAACAUGUACAGUUUUACGGGCACAAGCUUGGAAACUUGAAGUCCCUUCAAAGGUUCAACAUUUUUUCUGGCAGGUGGCGUCUGGUAGUCUUCCUGUAAAGGAACGGAUCGCUCAUCGGGGUGUACGUUGUGAUGUUACGUGUCAACGGUGCGGUUUUGUGGUGGAGUCUAUUAAUCACGCUCUUUUUGAGUGUGUACGAUCCCGGUUGGUUUGGGAGUUAUCGCCGAUACAUAUACCGACGUCUGGCUUUCCUCAUGGAUCCGUGUAUUCAAAUUUAGAUUUCAUAUAUUCUAAGGUCUUAUCAAGCUCCGGGGGUUCGACUAUUGGAUAUUUGUUGCCUUGGAUGCUUUGGACAAUUUGGAAAGACAGGAAUAAAAAGGUUUUUCAAGGAGUAGAGGCUGAGCCAAUGGAUAUUAUAAAUCAGGCGACAAACGACAAACUUUUGUGGGAGGAGGCGAAGUCCUUUUCUAUGAAUUUCUUGCCUCUCCAGCCAGCUCCGGAGGAUAGGGUUAUUUCUGUUCGUUGUAAGGUUGAUGGUUCCUGGAAAGGUUCUAACCCUUUAGAGGGCUUGGGAUGGUGGUUUGGUACUCAUGAUGACAAGACGCUACUUUUGGGAGCUCGCAGUCUUCGUCGUAGUCCUUCUUCCCUUCACUCGGAGUUUAAUGCCUUACUUUGGGCUAUGGAGUCUCUUCGGGCGGCGGGGAUUGAUUGUCAGAAUUUUGAGUCAGAUAGCGCUGAGCUGGUGGCGAUGGUGCAGGCUCCGGAUGACUGGCCAGCUUUUUCGCAUUUAUUGGAAGAUUUUCAUUCCCUCAGAUCAUCUUACUUUUCCUUCACCCUGACCCAGAUCCCGCGAACGUCAAAUGUCCAAGCAGACUGUCUUGCUCGCUCCUCUAGACCUUUAGCUUCUGAAGUCUCAUUUGUAAACUCCUUUAUUCCAGUUUGGUCAACCAACCUUGGAGUCACUUUUUAA